CCCUUCUCCUCUCUGGCAGACGAGACGAAAUCAGAAGGCAAAAAGGAAUGGCUCAGGUCGGUACGGCAAUGGAUUCCGGCGCGGCGGCGGCGAGGGCGGCCGAGAAAUUGUGCCGGAGGUGCAAGGGGAGCUACGAUCCGUCGGCCAACACGCGCCUCUCCUGCAGGUUCCACCCCUCCUUGUUCGUCUGCCGCCGCCACGACGACCAGAAGAGGUACUACGAGCUCCGCGACGGCGACCCCCCCUACGCCGCCAAGUUCUACGACUGCUGCGGCGCCGAGGACCCCGACGCUCCCGGAUGCACCACCGACUUCCACCGCUCCUACGACGACGCCCAAGCCCAAGAUCAGUAACAACACCCUGCUCCUGCUCCUCUCCUUUGCCCUUCUUGCUUUCCCUCAGACCUCAGUCCCUGCUGUAUCAGCAGAGACUGGCUAGCAGAGGAUGAGGAACUGCUAGCUACUGCCAUCAGACAGUCAGACUGUGUGUGUUAUGUGUGUACAACAAAUAAACUGAGCCUGCAAAUUAGUAAAGCCGCCGUGCUUGCUGGUGCUUGACUCGAAUCAAUAAUAAUAAUCAUUCAUCCA